AUGAGGUUAGAUCGUGUCACAAACAAUUGAACAAGUUAUACUUGGAAAGAUAACUUGAUUAUUUUUGAAAUUUAAUUCAUGCAAAAAUAAGCCAAAGGUGUUUUUAUAAAACAAUUUGGAAGUGCUCGAGGACGUUAGUAAACCAUAAACGAAUAUGAGUGACAAGCAAAAAGUCCUUAUUUGCGGCGAUGUGGAAGGACAUUUCAAGUUCCUGUUUUCCAAAGUAGAAGUUAUCAAUAAGAAGAACGGUCCGUUCGAUUUUCUGUUAUGCGUUGGCAAUUUCUUCGGUGCAGAUAAUUCCGAAUUGGAAUCGUAUAAAACUGGCGAGAAAACCAUUCCAGUACCGACGUGUAUCAUCGGUCCCAACCGGGAGUCAGAUGUGAAAAAUUAUCCUGAUGAGGAAGGAUACGAUAUAUGUCACAAUCUUACAUAUCUCGGAAAACGUGGUCUGUAUACUACUAGUUCGGGUCUUAAAAUAGUAUAUCUUAGCGGAAUAGAAAAAGUCUCGAUGAAAAACAAGGCUAUUCACUUUGACGAACACGAUGUUGUAUCUGUCAGGAACAGUUGCUUAAAAGGACAGCCGAGUUUUCGCGGUGUCGAUAUCUUGUUAACGUCUCCAUGGCCAGAAGGCAUUAUCAAUUUGGAUCCUAACAAGCCGGAAUACAAGUAUGAAGGUUCAAAAUUAAUUGCUUGGCUUGCUACUCAUAUUAAACCUAGAUAUCAUGUAUCGGCCUUGCAAGGAAUUUAUUACGAACGGCCACCAUAUCGAAAUCAAAGUUCGAGUGAUGAAAGUAUGGAAAUAGCGACUAGAUUUAUAGCUCUUGCACCAAUACUGAAUGACCAAAAGAAGAAAUGGUUAUAUGCAUUGAAUUUAACUCCCGUCGACAGAACUAGACUGUCAGAUUUAGUUAUGAAAACUACAGACGAAACGCCAAGUCCGUAUCCUAAAUCCAUGUUGUCCGACAAUCCAACUUCACAGAAACAAAUUCAAACACAAUUCUUCUAUGAUAUGGAUUCAAAAGACAAUGCAAAGAGAUCACGGCAUCAGAAUAGUGGCAAUAAGAAAACAAAGAUGGAAUUUGAUCAAUCAAAAUGCUGGUUCUGUUUAUCCAGUCCAGUGGUGUCAAAGCAUCUGGUGAUAUCUAUUGGUACAGAAAUCUACUUAGCAUUAGCAAGAGGUGGCUUAGUAGAGGAUCAUUUCUUAAUUUUGCCGAUAACGCAUCAUCAGAGUCUGUCGAUUUUACCAAAGAAUGUAAAGGAGGAGAUGGAUCUCUAUAAAAAAGCUGUGACUCAGUACUAUGAGAGUACCAACAGAGUACCUGUGUUUUUUGAGAGAAAUUUCAAAACAUCUCACUGUCAAUUGCAAGUGGUACCUGUUCAUAAAAACCAAGCACCCGCACUGAAGGAAAUGUUUGAGGAACUGGCCGAAUGUAACAAUUUCAAAAUAUCGGAGCUACCGCCGCACACAGAUUUGCAGCAGAUUGCUAAACCCGGCGUACUAUAUUUUUAUGUAGAAUUACCAGAUGGAAAAGUAUUGUAUUAUAGAAUCAAGACGGAUUUCCCGUUACAAUUCGGUAGAGAAGUGUUAGCAUCUGAUAGAAUAUUAGAUAUCAAUGAUAGAUCCGAUUGGAAAGAUUGUCAUAUGAGCCAAGAAGAAGAGACUGAACUGGCAAAGAAAAUUAGAAAACAAUUUGCGCCAUAUGACAUAGAUACUUGAAAAUAUCCGUAUUAUUUACAUCUGGCAAGCAUACAAUGGUGUAUAUAGUUAUAAAAUAUGUGUAAUUAUAAUCAAAAUUUUGUAAUUUAUUUUAAUUUUUAUAUAUAUUCUAACAAGCAUAUAUAUCCUAAAAUGCAUGUAGCUCAAAAAUAUAGAAUUAUGGCAGC